AUGUCAUCGUCUUUAAAUGAUCUUAAUAAGAUAAUUCUUAAAUUUGAAAAUAAUGAUAGAUUUCAUCUAGUUAAGUAUGCAUUUAAAAAAUCAAUAGAAAAAAUUAACGAAGAUAAUGAUUUAUUCCAUAAUAAGAAAUUAAUAUUAACUUUAAAUUUAUGUCAGUAUUUAAAAGAUAAAUAUAAAGCAGAGUUUAUAGAUUUUAUUUUAGAUACAAAAAUAUUAAAUAUGAGAGCCUUAAUUUUAGAUUUUGUAGACACUGAUUAUAAAGGUUAUCAAAAGUAUUUUUAUAAACCAGAAAGAUGGAUGAAGAAAUUAAUAAAAGAUAUAAAAGAAACAUUCAUGCUAGUAAUAGAAAAUAGUGAAUUAAAAUUUACUGAUAAAACAAAUGAUUAUAAAUAUCCAAAUAUAGAAAAAAUAGAAAAAACUGUUAAUUUUGAAGAUUCAGACAAUUUAGAUGAGAUAUUCAAUGAGUAUGGAGAAUUUAAUAAAGUUUAUCAACAGGAAGAUUUGAGAUUAUCACUAAUAAUAUUUAAUAACAAAUUAGUAAGAGAAUUUGAAAAGAUAUUUUUAGGAACAGAAGAAUUUGGAAGAGCAGGCAAUCAAUUAGUGUUAAAUUUUAUUUGUUACAGUGAGUAUAUGAAAUUAACAAAUAAAGACUUCCAAGAAUUUAUAAGUAAAAUAUAUCAAAAUAUAAAUCAAUCUAAUAGAAUUGAUUUAAAUGAAUUAAAUGAAGCCUAUAAAGAAUACAAAUCUAAUUAA